GUCGGUGGCCACGCCUGUGUCCCGCACUCGCAGCCCUGGCAGGUGGCCGUGCUGGACAUGUACAAGCUCUACUGCGGGGGAGUCCUGGUGCACCGAGAUGGGUGGUGACCGCGGCGCACUGCACCACGCCCGGGGUGACCACGGUGUCCCUGGGCAAGCACCAGGCUGUACGCGCGCGAGGCGGGCGAGCAGCGCCGCAUGGUGGCGCGCAUGGUGGCCCACCCGGGCUACGACCCGUCCACCAAGGACAACGACAUCAUGCUGCUCAAGCUGCUCUCCCCCGGCCGCCAUCUCCGGCCUGCGUCCCGGCCCAUCCCGGUGGCCUCGUGCCUGCCCCGGCCCGGCACCACCUGCGUCACCUCGGGCUGGGGGGCCACCACCUCGCCAGAAGUGACCUACCCCGAGGUGCUCCAGUGUGUCAAUGUCACGCUGUUCUCGCCGGCCGAGUGUCGCCGUUUCUACCCCGGCUCCAUCACCGACAACAUGAUCUGCGCCGGACACCUGCAGGGGGGACAGGACUCGUGCCAGGGCGACUCCGGCGGGCCCCUGGUGUGCGAGGGCACCUUGCAGGGCAUCGUCUCGUGGGGCAUGGAGCGCUGCGGGCAGCCGCGGCGCCCGGGCGUCUACACCAAGGUGUGCCGCUACGCCCGCUGGAUCCGCGACACCAUGGAGGACACCUGAGGAGGCAUCUCACGGGGUUCCCGCGGUGGCACCUCGCGUGGCCUCUGAGGUGGUGGCACCUGAGGGGGCAUC